AGGAAACCAUCGAGCCGUCGUCCUCCGGCGUUCCUAGAGCGGACAAGAAAGCGUGCAAGGGAGCGAGCGCGACCCUCGGCAAAGAGCUAAUUCGGUGCUUGAGAGCAUUCGGUCUCUCAUGUUGGUCUUCAGCUGCCUGAGUGGUGACUUUGCUCCGGGUUAGGGAGGAACUGCGAACAAGGGGCUGGGAAGCAGCUAGAGCUCUGGGGGUGGGCAGAAGCCUUCCGCUACCGGAGGGCGGUCUGUGCUGGGCCGGCGCUGGAGCCGGAGAUACCAGUACUGCGGCCCAGGAGGACGAAGCGGUGGAGCUAGUAAACCAGGCACAACCUUCUGCUGCGUGUUUCAUCAGUUGAGCGCAAUUUUAAAUACGUAUUAAAGGAAUAUUCAUGAGGAGACAGUCAAAAGGAAGUUCUCCAGAACAGAGAACAGUCUGAAGCUAGGGAUGGCGACAGCACUGGGGAGUGCUCAUUUCCCAGCUCCAUUGAAUCUGAAGAAGGGGCUUCUGUUGGUGAAGGAGGAUCACUGUUUUACUCAGGAACAGGGAUUCAAACAGCAUGGAAACAGGUGCCUAGGGCAGGAGUCAUUGUCCAAACAAUUCAGGCAGUUGCGCUAUGAAGAGACCACAGGACCUCGAGAGGCGCUGAGCCAUCUCCGGGAACUUUGCCGACUGUGGCUGAGGCCAGAGACUCACACCAAGGAGCAGAUCCUGGAGCUGCUAGUGCUGGACCAGUUCCUGACUAUCCUUCCUGAGGAGCUCCAGGCCCAAGUACAGGAGCAUCACCCAAAGAGCGGGGAGGACGUGGUUAUUGUCUUGGAGGAUUUGCAGCCAGAUCUUAGAGAAACAGGACAACAUAUGGUAAGGGUCAGAUGUGCUCUUUCUCAGGACCCAGACCAGGCAAAGAAACAGAAAAUGUAUGUGGAGGAGACAGUCUCUCUGAAAGCAGAGCAGGAACAGCAGGUCCAACCUAAGCAUGAUGUUCCAAAGCCUGGCAAAGAGACGGGUGAGGAGACAAGGAUUAAGAAUGGGAAGCUGGUUGUAAAGACAGACUCUUGUGGAGGAGUGGAGUCAUCUCAGAAAAUAUCCGAACCCACAGAUGCUCAUUCUAAGGACUCUAACUUGGAAAGGCAGCAGGCCAAGCCCCAGGCGAAGACUGACUAUAAUUGCUCAAAAUGUGGGGAGGGAUUCAUCCAGCACUCAGACCUGAUUAAACAUGAAAGUAUGCAUACAGGAGAAAAGUUUGGUAAAUCUGAAGUGUAUCAGAGUUCUAGUCUCAUUGGACAUCAGAAAAUUCACUCUAGAGGGAAAGGUCAUCAGUGUCAUGAGUGUGGGAAAGCCUUUCAGAGAAGUUCACACCUUGUCAGACAUCAGAAAAUCCAUCUUGGUGAGAAGCCUUAUCAAUGCAAGGAGUGUGGAAAAGUCUUUAGCCAGAAUGCAGGCCUUUUGGAACAUCUCAGAAUCCAUACUGGAGAGAAACCUUAUCUGUGUAUCCACUGUGGAAAGAACUUUAGGCGCAACUCUCACCUUAAUCGACACCAGAGGAUACACAGUCAGGAGGAGCCCUGUGAGUGCACGGAGUGUGGAAAAACCUUUAGUCAGGCCCUUUUCCUCACGCACCAUCAGAGAAUCCACGGUCAUUCCAAAAGCCAUCAAUGUAACGAGUGUGGGAAAGCCUUCAGUUUGACCUCAGACCUUAUUCGACAUCACAGGAUUCACACUGGAGAAAAACCUUUCAAGUGUAAUAUAUGCCAGAAAGCCUUCCGACUAAAUUCACAUCUUGCUCAGCAUGUGAGAAUCCACACUGAAGAAAAACCUUAUGAGUGUAAUGAAUGUGGAGAAGCCUUCAGGCAGAGGUCAGGUCUUUUUCAGCAUCAGAGAUAUCACCACAAAGACAAGCUGUCUUGAGGUGGCCUUUUCUGAUGUUUUGUAAACAUCAAAGACAGUAUAUUGACAAGCAAACAGCACUUUAGAAAACAUCACUCUAGCUGAUUCUGGCAUCAGAGAACUCUUGGAGGCCAAGUUGGAGGCUAUGUGCUUCCACUUCUACCUUUAGUUUCCUUGAAGUCAACUUUGGGCAACAAUAAUUUGACCCUAGAUAGUACUGUGGAAUCAGAGUUAAAUAGCAUUCUUUAUUGUGGGACUUCUCUGGCUCUUUAACAUGGUAAAUGCAUGAUUAUCCAUUUCCAAGUAGUAGAGAGACUCAAGAUUGAACUAUGUCUUUGAAGUCAGCAGCCAGUCAGUAUCCACAGAUUUACAGGCUUAAACAGAAGAAGAGCAGGUUGAAAUUUUUGCAUACACUACAGCAAAACUCUAUAAAAUAAAACUAAUAAUGUUUGAACAAAUACCACAUUCAAAGGUCUCUUAAAGUUCAGGUUAAUGGUGGACACUUUCCCCCACUGACUUUACUAACCAACCCAUGCUGGCAUUUCCCCCACUCUUCCCCACCCCCAAUCAACAGAAGCACUUUGGAAUGCAAAGAUAAUCUAAUUUUUUCAUUUCCCACCUCCAUCCUUGCCACAAUACUUGAUUGAUUCAAGUUAGAGAUCAAGGUUCUAUUUAGACUAUGGAAGAGAUUUCCUAAAUCAUUUGAAUGAACAGUGCUGAAUUAAUCCAGGUAGCAAUUGUCUUACUUGACAAUACCAGUGCCACUGUAGUACCUGCUGCAUAGACACUAUCUAAUAAAUGGGGAAAUAAAUUGGUCUUUUUUCCUUUAAUAUUACGAUGCACUUUUAAAAUGUUGCUUGUUCUGGAAUUCUUUGAAAGUCAAAGUCAGCUUGGAAGAGAUUAAUCUUUGAACACCAAAAUGUCACAGUAAUGAUGAAUAUUAAGCCCAGGGAAGUCUAUUUCCAAACCAUCACUAACUGAUUGGUAAUAACUACUUAGGGUACUGCUGUCUGGAAAAGUCUGCCCUGGGUGUGGGAAGAUAGGUACACCCUCGUGUAUUGCUGAGGAUUUGAUUCAGCUGCAUAUAAAUUUUUAACAAUGUAGUAGUGGCUUCGUAAAAAUUGGUUUUCCUCUCAAAUUGAAAAGACCAGAUAAGCUGUUCAGGACUGGUAAGGUGGUUCCAUGACAUCACCAGGGACCAUGGCCUCUGCCUUUCUGCUCCACCUUUCUACUUCAUGCCAGUAGUUCUUACGUCAUAUGAUCCUCAGCAGCUGCUGAAGCUCCAUUCACCAUAUGCAAAAUGAGGACAAAAUACAGAAGGACGAAAAGACUUUCCAGUUCAGUCAGCUCCCUUUGAGCAGUCUUCCUAUAAAUCACUUCAGCAUAUAUGUCAGAGUUCAAAACCUAGGGCAGGGAGGCUAGAAAGUGUCUUACUCUGGGUUGCAGAGGGCCCAGCUGAAAAUCAGGCUUCUGUCACAAAAUGAAGGGGAGAAUGAAGGCUAGAAUAAGCACUGUUGAUUUUGGCCUACUUGCUCUUCCCACUCCUUUCUGGCUGCAUGCUUACCAGAAGCAACAGCUAAUACCGUUUUUGGAGGAGGACCUGAUCUGUAGGAGAAGCAGCUGUAUCUUGCUUAUAUGAAUAAAUUAAGUUGAUAAUCAGAGGUUUUCCUUCAAGUGUUUUGAGGACUGCUGAGGUCAGUACCUAAACAUUCAGCUCUGUGUCAUAGUUUAAAUCUGUUUGAUUCUGUUCAGUUUAAGAAAGAGACAUUGAAUAUCUUUAUUUUUCUCAUUAACAAGCAAUGACAAUGAAAAGAUUCAGAGUAUGAAGAGUUAUAUACUCUUACAUACCUGGAAAUUUUACUUUGGUUUUCUUCAUAAUGAUUCUAUAGUACAUGUAUUAUAAGCAUUCUAAAUUCAUUGACACCUUAAGCAACCUAAUUCUUCCUUACAGUUCCAAAGAAAAUAGGGUUUCAUCAGUACCCUGGGGGCAGAUUUAUAACCACCUGGGCAUAAAUACUGAAUGGAAGUAUAUUUUAAUAUGUUUUCCUUAUUCUUGAAACGAAUGCAUCAAACAUAGGACAAAUGUUAUAACAUCUUGAUUAAGCUUUUGUUUGCGGUGUAAAACCUAGGCACCCUGGUAGUUAAAUUAAAAAUCCAUUCAGAGGUGCUCGCUUUGGCAGCACAUAUACUAAAAUCAGAACGAUACAGAGAAGAUUAGCAUGGCCCCUGCACAAGAAUGACACACAAAUUCGUGAAGCGUUCCAUAUUUUUAAACUCUUUAUAAGCGGAGCCAAGUGAGAAUCUCAAGAAAUUAGUAACUUCAUAUUGUACAUUAAAGUUGUAAAUUAAACUGUUUUGGUCAAGAAAAAAAA